CACGACUUUACGACACAACCUCUUACACCCCUCGCUCGGAAAAAUGGGUAACGCACCGUCAGGCUUUCCAAGCGGGUUUCCCGGAGGCCUUCCUCCAGGCUUUCCAGGAGGUCAGCAAGGCGGUAAAGACGGCGACAAGAAAAAUGAACCUCAGAAGAAGAAAUGGGAGCCACCUGUGCCAACUCGUGUAGGACGUAAGAAGAAGAAAGGCCCGGCAGCUGCUUCGAAACUUCCGCCUGUGUACCCAACCACUCGCUGUCGGCUACGGCUGCUCAAGAUGGAGCGUAUCAAGGACUACAUGCUUCUUGAGGAGGAGUACAUUAGCAAUCAAGAGCGCCUGAAGCCUGAAGCCGCGCCGCAGGACAAGAGCGAGGAGGACAGGUCGAAAGUCGACGACUUGCGGGGUACACCUAUGGCGGUGGGCACACUCGAGGAGAUUAUUGACGACGACCAUGCCAUCAUCAGCACUGCAUCCGGUCCGGAAUACUAUGUCUCAAUAAUGAGCUUUGUUGACAAGGACCAACUCGAGCCUAGCUGCACCGUGUUGCUUCAUCACAAGACACAUGCCGUCAUUGGUGUCCUCAAGGACGAUACAGAUCCUAUGGUCAACGUUAUGAAGCUCGACAAAGCGCCUACGGAGAGCUAUGCGGACAUUGGUGGACUGGAGCAGCAAAUUCAGGAGAUCAAGGAGGCGGUCGAGCUACCGCUCACGCACCCAGAGCUGUACGAGGAAAUGGGCAUCAAGCCACCAAAGGGUGUCAUUCUGUAUGGCGUACCCGGUACAGGAAAGACGCUGCUCGCCAAGGCCGUCGCGAACCAGACGUCCGCUACCUUCUUGCGAAUAGUCGGUUCAGAGCUUAUUCAAAAGUACCUUGGAGACGGCCCUAAGCUUGUCCGAGAGCUGUUCCGAGUAGCCGAGGAGCACGCACCGAGUAUCGUCUUCAUUGACGAGAUUGAUGCCAUUGGUACGAAGCGAUAUGACUCAACGUCCGGAGGCGAGCGUGAGAUCCAGCGUACCAUGUUGGAACUGCUGAACCAGCUGGACGGCUUCGACUCGCGAGGUGACGUCAAGGUGAUCAUGGCCACGAACAGGAUCGAGACUCUUGACCCCGCACUUAUCCGUCCGGGACGUAUCGACCGAAAGAUCGAGUUCCCGUUACCGGACAUCAAGACAAAGCGGCACAUCUUCAAGCUGCACACUGCCCGCAUGAGUCUCGCGGAGGAUGUCGACCUCGAAGAGUUCAUCACGACGAAAGACGACCUCUCCGGUGCGGACAUCAAGGCGGUGUGUACCGAGGCGGGCCUUCUUGCUCUCCGAGAACGGCGUAUGCGCGUAACGAAAGCGGACUUUACCGAAGCGAGAGAGAAGGUGCGACGCUUUGAUCUCAGCCCGUGUGAAUGUCGCGCUGAUCGUUGCUGCAGGUCUUGUACCGGAAGAAUGAGGGCACUCCUGAAGGCCUGUACUUGUAGAUUAUCGUUGUUUACCUUACUAUAUGCUAGUGGUCUUCUCUCGCGUCUGCAUUUGAUCUUCCAUACUUGAUUUUGGACAACAGUCUCUAUAGUUAAGCUCAAGCGAUAUCGCGGUUGAACGGCUUACGUCCAAC